AUGAACCUGCCCGAACGCAUGAAAUUCGGCAUAUUCCUUGGGCCCUUCCACCGAGUCGGCGAAAAUCCUACCCUGGCCAUGGACCGGGACAUGGAGUUGAUCCAAUGGCUGGACUACCUGGGUUACGACGAGGCCUGGAUCGGCGAGCACCACAGCGCCGGCUGGGAGACUAUCUCUUCUCCCGAACUGUUCAUUGCCGCCGCCGCCGAACGCACGCGCCACAUCAAGCUGGGGACCGGCGUCAUCAGCCUGCCCUACCACCACCCCUUCAUGGUGGCCAACCGCAUGGUCCAGCUUGACCACAUGACCCACGGGCGAGUGAUGCUGGGCGUGGGGCCGGGGCCCUGCCCGGCGAUGCUUACAUGA